CAGUAUGGAUGUAAUAUGAAAAAUAAAUUGAAUAAUUUCUAUAUUGUUUCUAAUUGUGAUUUUUUCAAUUCAAUGGCGUUUUUUCUCAAAUAUUUAUAAUUCACAAUUUUAAAAUUCUCCUGGUGCUACUUUUUAGUCAACUCAAAGUGAAACUGUUAAAAUAAAAAUUAAGAAAUAAGAAAAACAUUGUUGAAAGCUAGUAUAUGAAAAAAUGUCACUAUUUUUCAAUAUUGUUUGGAUAUUUUUGCAUAUGGCAGUGGCCAGCGAUAAUAUAGAAUGGAAAGAGUCUGAGAAGAAAGUUUCCAUUGAUGCAACUCUUCAAAACUGUGGUAAAACAUAUUGCAAAGAAACCUGUCGAAUGAUCUCCUGGUAUGAUCGAAUUUAUCAUCAUAAAACUCACUUUGGCAUAAUUGUUAAAAGUGGUACCGACAUAACAAUAACGCUUUCAGCGAAUGUUGAUGAUUUAAUGUUCUUCUGUCUCUCCCAAUCACCAAUGGGAGAAUAUAUUGCAAUCAAACUCAAAGAGAAAAAAGGAAAAUCAAUCAAGACAAAUUUUGAUUGCGUUCCUAUGAUCUCCGAUUCAUACAACAGAAAGGUAACUGUGACAAUCAAGACUAAAUCUUGGAUCGAACUGCCUGUUUUCAAAUCUAAUGAUGUUACUUCAAAAGAAACGGAGUCUGCUUUUUACAAAGAUUUGCAACUAUACGGAUUUGUUGAAAACACUUACACCCAAAUGUUGUUGUCAUCCGAAGAGAUCACGACCAUCAAGAAAGAAAACUACAGUCUGAACGAUGGACUAUUGAAUCAGAAGAAAGUCCUCAAGUAUUAUGAUUCCCUGUUUGGUGUUGGCACUGAAAGAGGUUUGUGUAACUCAAGAACAAUUUCCCCCGAGGAACGUACGAUUUUGUUUUUGAUGAACACAUGUCCGGAGGGAACAUGCAAGAAACCAAGACACAGUAAUCAAUUAAUACGAAUUGGUGACAUUUUAGAUUGGCUGCAACCCUCUGGCAAAUCAACUUGGAUGUUAUUGACUGAAUUUGGACACUACUAUCAAAUUGAUGACAAUCUUAUUGGUUUUGGAAAAGUUUCCGACGUCUGGAGCAUGAUGUUUGCUGUUCUCUUUCAACGAACCAACGGCGAAGAAAUAUAUUCGAUGACAACUUUAAAUUCGGAACAUGAAACUGUCGUGAAACGGUAUCAAAGUAGUGAUGUUAUUGACAAAUGGAGCAGUGAGGAAAAAUUGCACUUUUUUCUCAGUCUUUUUGAAUACGGUGGUGAUGAUAGAAUACUUGAAGAAUUCCACAAGAGACAUGCUAGCGAAAAGUCUAAUUUCGAAGGUAAAGUAAACAUAAUUCCUAUUCUUGUCAACUUGUUCCUAGAAAUGCAUCAGGUAAACAUAUUCCCUUACUUGGAGAAGGUAAUCGAUUUUAAGAGUUAUGUGGAACCGUUAAUAAAUGCAGAUUUAGAACUGUUAUUAGUGACUGGACGUUCCGUGAUGCCUGCCUUGGAUUUUAAUUUAUCCUCCACUGAUUGGAGUAACAUGAUUGAGAAGCGAGGUUUUAAGCAAACCUCUGCUUUGACAUUGUUUUCCAAAGUCGAGGAGAAGCCUGUAGGGGUUAAAUUUAUUAUUUCUCCAUUCACUGAGCCAAUGAGAGGAAUUUCGUUCUAUUUGAAUAAUAAAGCUCACACAAUUGGUACGGAAUCGUUUGCAUUAACCUUGCCAAGGGAUGUUUACUCUGUGUAUAUUGCAGAAAAGUCUUACAUCAGUGACGUGAGACAUCAUGUGAUCGCAACCAAUGAUUCAACAAUCACCAUCCAUGUGAAAGAAAUAAAGGAAAAUGACAUAUCUUCCCCUCUGAUACAUUCCUCCAUCAAUGUUAAUGACGGUGAUGGCAAACCACUUCUAAAUGUUAUCAUAAACUACAAAGAUAAGACAAUUUCCUUUUUACAACUCUCUAAUAAUUUUCAAAACAAUAAAUUAAGUAUUCAAUUAAGAAGAGAUUCUAAGAAUAUUUUUUCUUAUGUUCUUAGUAAAAGCAGUAAUAAAAUAACUGGUACUAAAACAUAUACAUUUGAAAUGAAUGACAGACUAUUUAUUGAUUAUAAUAAACCGGAAAACGUGAUUAUCAAUGGAAGAAAAUUAAAUGAUCUAAUAACACCUUGGCGUACUUUUGUCUUUGCAGAGAAUGUGUUUCGGCACAUUGCUUAUCCCGAACCAAACUUUAAGGACAAAUUUACUAUUACUGCUAAAGGUUAUAACAACGUACCUUUUUUAGUAAUAGAUAUAGAUUAUAACAAACGUAUUAUGUCUUUUAAACUGAAAAACAGAAAACCACAUUAUUCAUUUCAUAAACGUAAACCAUAUUUUGCUGUAAAGUUGCAAAGAAACAAUGAAAUUCGCUUUAAUUUUUCGCUAUUAGCCAAAGAAAACCCAAAAAAACCACUUACAAUAGAGAAAUCAUUUGAAAUUAAUGACAAAUUACAUUUAUUUCAUGCAGAAUCUCCUCGUUUGUUCAUUGACGGAAAGAAUAUACGUCAAGUUCUAACAGGUCAGCUUGUAGACAGGCAAAUUCUCUUACUAACGAAACUGGGCCUGGUAGAUGCUGAUGAUAUGGAUGAGAAACUUUUAAAAGAGAAUAUUAAACAACUGGAGAAUUUCAAUACUCUUCAUAACAAAAGUUUACAGGACAAUCCUCUAUACCAUUAUCACUUAAAUAAUUAUGUUCGUUCCUUAAGAAAAGAAAAUUACACUGAUGAUAUUCCGAAUGUUUGGCAAAAUUUCGGAACAGAGCCACCAGAAACUACAACCCAAGAAAUUGUAACAACUACAAUAAGUGCAAUGUCAGUCGAACCGGAGACAACUAAACUGACAUCUUCUUCAGAAGUGGAAGUCACAUUAUCACCAGUACUACAAAUAUUAACGCCUUUAAAAGCGGAAACAACAACUUCAACAGAAGUACCAAAACAAGCUACAAUAACAACUCUAUCAUUGUCUCCUUUAUCUUCAGAGUCAAAAAUACCAACAACAACUUCAGAAAAUCCUGCAAAAUUAGGUGAAAUAGCAUCAUCUGAUGUGAUACAGGACAAUGUAGGAACAAAUUCAACGCAAACUUCAACAAUAACGGAUACUACCCAAAACUCUUCUAUUACAAUUGUAACACCGAAAUCUUCUUUUGAAAUUACAGAAACAAUAGCAAAAGUACCACCAAUAUCAACGCCUUUAGAAGAGACUGAAGCAGGAUUAUUGUCAACAAGUGACGCUGUGGCAAAAGGGAAAACAACAGCAUCAAUAGAAGUAAAGAAACAAGAAUCAUUAACAAAUAUAUCAUUGACUCCUUUAUCUGCAGAGAAAAACGCAACGCAAUUGGAUUCUAAUACUCCACCAGAAAUACCAACAACUUCAGAAAAUCUUGCAAAAUUAGGUGAAGUAGCAUCAUCUGAUGUGAUACAGGACAAUGUAGUAACAAAUUCAACGGAAACUACAAAAUUAACGGAUACUACCCAAAACUCUUCUACUACAAUUGUAACAACGAAAUCUUCUUCUGAAAUUACAGAAACAACAGUACAAUUACCACAAAUAUUACUGCCUCCAGAAGCGAAUGGAGAAGAUUUGUUAUCAACAAGUGAAGCUUUGGCAACAGGGGAAACAACAACAUCAACAGAAGUAGCAAAACAAGCUUCAUUGAUUGCUGUAUUAUCGCCUUCUAUAUUAUCAGAAUCAAACGCUUCCCUAAUGGAGUCUAGUACUCCAUCAGAAAUAACAACAACAAUUUCAAAAAAUCCUACAAAAUUAGGUGAAGUAGCAUCACCAGGUUUGAUACCGGACAAUCUAGUUACAAAUUCAACGGAAACUACAACAAUAACGGUUACUACUCAAAACUCUUCUACUACAAUUACACCGAAAUCUUCUUUUGAAAUUACAGAAACAAUAGCAAAAGUACCACCAAUAUCAACGCCUUUAGAAGAGACUGAAGCAGGAUUAUUGUCAACAAGUGACGCUGUGGCAAAAGGGAAAACAACAGCAUCAAUAGAAGUAAAGAAACAAGAAUCAUUAACAAAUAUAUCAUCGACUCCUUUAUCUGCAGAGAAAAACGCAACGCAAUUGGAUUCUAAUACUCCACCAGAAAUACCAACAACUUCAGAAAAUCUUGCAAAAUUAGGUGAAGUAGCAUCAUCUGAUGUGACACAGGACAAUGUAGUAACAAAUUCAACGGAAACUUCAACAAUAACAGAUACUACUCAAAACUCUUCUACUACAAUUACACCAAAAUCUCCUUCUGGAAUUACAGAAACAACAGUACAAUUACCACAAAUAUUACUGCCUCCAGAAGCGAAUGGAGAAGAUUUGUUAUCAACAAGUGAAGCUUUGGCAAAAGGGAAAACAACAGCAUCAAUAGAAGUAAAGAAACAAGAAUCAUUAACAAAUAUAUCAUCGACUCCUUUAUCUGCAGAGAAAAACGCAACGCAAUUGGAUUCUAAUACUCCACCAGAAAUACCAACAACUUCAGAAAAUCUUGCAAAAUUAGGUGAAGUAGCAUCAUCUGAUGUGACACAGGACAAUGUAGUAACAAAUUCAACGGAAACUUCAACAAUAACAGAUACUACUCAAAACUCUUCUACUACAAUUACACCAAAAUCUCCUUCUGGAAUUACAGAAACAACAGUACAAUUACCACAAAUAUUACUGCCUCCAGAAGCGAAUGGAGAAGAUUUGUUAUCAACAAGUGAAGCUUUGGCAAAAGGGAAAACAACAGCAUCAAUAGAAGUAAAGAAACAAGAAUCAUUAACAAAUAUAUCAUCGACUCCUUUAUCUGCAGAGAAAAACGCAACGCAAUUGGAUUCUAAUACUCCACCAGAAAUACCAACAACUUCAGAAAAUCUUGCAAAAUUAGGUGAAGUAGCAUCAUCUGAUGUGAUACAGGACAAUGUAGUAACAAAUUCAACGCAAACUUCAACAAUAACGGUUACUACUCAAAACUCUUCUACUACAAUUACACCAAAAUCUCCUUCUGGAAUUACAGAAACAAUAGCAAAAGUACCACCAAUAUCAACGCCUUUAGAAGAGACUGAAGCAGGAUUAUUGUCAACAAGUGACGCUGUGGCAAAAGGGAAAACAACAGCAUCAAUAGAAGUAAAGAAACAAGAAUCAUUAACAAAUAUAUCAUCGACUCCUUUAUCUGCAGAGAAAAACGCAACGCAAUUGGAUUCUAAUACUCCACCAGAAAUACCAACAACUUCAGAAAAUCUUGCAAUAUUAGGUGAAGUAGCAUCAUCUGAUAUGAUACAGGACAAUGUAGUAACAAAUUCAACGGAAACUACAAAAUUAACGGAUACUACCCAAAACUCUUCUACUACAAUUGUAACAACGAAAUCUUCUUCUGAAAUUACAGAAACAACAGUACAAUUACCACAAAUAUUACUGCCUCCAGACGCGACUGGAGAAGAUUUGUUGUCAACAAGUGAAGCUUUGACAACAGGGGAAACAACAACAUCAACAGAAGUAGCAAAACAAGCUUCAUUGAUUGCUGUAUUAUCGCCUUCUAUAUUAUCAGAAUCAAACGCUUCCCUAAUGGAGUCUAGUACUCCAUCAGAAAUAACAACAACAAUUUCAAAAAAUCCUACAAAAUUAGGUGAAGUAGCAUCACCAGGUUUGAUACCGGACAAUCUAGUUACAAAUUCAACGGAAACUACAACAAUAACGGUUACUACUCAAAACUCUUCUACUACAAUUACACCAAAAUCUCCUUCUGGAAUUACAGAAACAAUAGCAAAAGUACCACCAAUAUCAACGCCUUUAGAAGAGACUGAAGCAGGAUUAUUGUCAACAAGUGACGCUGUGGCAAAAGGGAAAACAACAGCAUCAAUAGAAGUAAAGAAACAAGAAUCACUAACAAAUAUAUCAUCGACUCCUUUAUCUGCAGAGAAAAACGCAACGCAAUUGGAUUCUAAUACUCCACCAGAAAUACCAACAACUUCAGAAAAUCUUGCAAAAUUAGGUGAAGUAGCAUCAUCUGAUGUGAUACAGGACAAUGUAGGAACAAAUUCAACGCAAACUUCAACAAUAACGGAUACUACCCAAAACUCUUCUAUUACAAUUGUAACACCGAAAUCUUCUUUUGAAAUUACAGAAACAAUAGUACAAUUAUCACAAAUAUUAACGCCUCCAGACGCGACUGGAGAAGAUUUGUUGUCAACAAGUGAAGCUUUGGCAACAGCAUCAACAGAAGUACCAAAACAAAAAUCAUUAACAACCAUAUCAUUGCCUCCUUUAUCAUCAGAGUCAAACUCCACCCUAAUGGAGACUAACACUCCAUUAGAAAUAACAACAACAAUUUCAAAAAAUUUUGCAAAAUUAGGUGAAGCAGCAUCAUCUGGUGUGAUACAGGACAAUUUAGUUACAAAUUCAACGGAAACUACAACAAUAAGGAAUACUACUCAAAAUUCUGCUAAUGCUACAGCGUUGCCUCACACAUCUUUGUCAAAAAUACCGUGGUACCGAAGGAAUAGUGCUAUUUUUUUACCCAUAUUUAUACUUUCAUUAAUUUUAUUUCAAAGAAGAGGUGCGUUUUAGUGUGAAUGUAAAAUUCCUUUGUAUUUUAUGAUAGUAUCCUCAAUGUUCACAUUAUUACAUAAUUGUACGCCUUGAUGCAAGUAUUAAACUAAAUCUAUUAAAAUUAAAAGAUUGUCUAAUAAUUUAUGUCUUGCUCUUAUUGUUCAAUUUUUGAAAAUAUUUCCUAUUCGAAUAAAAUUGAAAAUAAAUAAA